AUGAGUUAAUCAAAAUUUCAAAAAUUAAUCAAAAAUGUGAAUGUCAAUCAUUUUAUGGCUAAUUCCUUUUAUGAUGAAAUUAAAUGUUUAUUUGCUCUCUAAAAUGUCCUUAAUAAUUUCAAAGUCUAAAUAAGUGAGAGAAAGUUACUAUUAAAGAAAUAAUUAUAAACAGAGAGCUAGGAGUAAGCUUCUGGUUGA